AUGCUAAUCUUUUUAUCUAUUUUCAACCAGAUACUUCAACCAAAAGAAGUUGAAGAGGUGAAGGUAGUUCCAAAGAUCGAAGAAGACACCAUGAAAGAAUACAGAACAACAACUAGACGACAUGAAAAUGCUAAACUGGUUUGUAAAUUGCAAUUCAAUUAUCCAUCUUCCAUCUUCCAUGUUGGACAGUUUUUGAUGUUUACUCGAUGUAGUUCUAAGUAUAGAGAUGAAUACAGGGGCUACAAGAGGAGAAGACGCAACAGAAGCAGGGACAAAUAUUAUGGAAGGGACAGAGAAAGUAGAACCCGCAGUAGGAGUAGGAACCUUGAUUAUCAUAAAAGAAAUAGGUGGGGGAGGCAUGAUGGUGAGAGAAGCCUAAGUUGGUCUCCUGUAAGGUAA